AUGUAUUUUUGCAGUCCAGUCGUGUCCAUCCCGGUGACCAACGCCCUGUCCCGUAUGAAGCUGCUUCUCAUUGGCUCUGCUCACUUCAGUGCGUACGGGAGCUUUCGAAGACAACCAGACCCUAAAAACGAAGAUACUGGACAUAGAAGCACCACAACCUUUACCAUCUCUCAUCCACAGAGGACAGUUGUUCGACUGGCCUCGUAA